AUGACAUCACAAGCCUUCCUGGGGAGUUUUAGGAGAUUUACGUCACGAUGUUCGACGCCUUUGCUUGUCGUUUCGGACAACGCGAAAACCUUUAAGGCUGCGUCCAAAGAGUUAAUGACACUCAUGCGUGAUCCUCAAGUGAAGAAAUAUUUCUUGCAGCAACGAAUGCAGUGGUCGUUUAAUCUGGAGAAAGCCCCGUGGUGGGGAGGUUUCUUUGAGCAGCUUGUGGGAUCAUUGAAACGAUGUUUGAAGAAAACCAUCGGAAAGGCAAGAUUGUCUUAUGACGAGCUAGUUACAGCUGUCACGGAAGCAGAAUUGAUCCUGAACAGUCGACCCUUAUCCUAUGUAUCCUCCGAGGACGUCGAGGAACCCCUCACCCCAGCCCAUCUUCUGAGCAGAAGACGGAUCCUGAGUUUACCUGAUCGCCAUCAAGAGAACUCUGAAGAUGAAGAUUUUCAAGUCGACCUAUCGACGAAUGACCUCAACAAACGAGUUCGCUAUCUAAAUGACAUUAUUGAACACUUUUGGCGUAGAUGGCGGAACGAGUAUUUGGUAGAGCUGAGAAAUGCACAUAAGAGUCCUAAGAAAACAGUAGAGAAAUCUUCUGUGGAAGUUGGAGAUAUAGUACUAGUUCACGACGAGAACCAUCUGCGUAGUUUCUGGAGAAUUGGAAGAAUAAAGGAACUUGUCAAUAGCACGGUUGAUGGGAAAUCGAGAGGUGCAGUUGUACAAGUCAUGAGCAAGAAAGGGAAAGUUACUACAUUAAGGCGUCCAUUACAGCUGUUAUAUCCUGUGGAGAUUAACUGUAACCUUGCGAAAGAAGAAGUACAAUUGGAACAAGAGAAUGGUGCUCAGGAGUCAACUGAAUCCGAAAGACCAAGAAGAAGAGUGGCGAUCAAAGGUGAACUGUUGAUAAGACAUUGGAUUAAGGACAUGAACCAGGUUUAG